AUGGACUUCACCUUCCACGAGGGCGUCAACGGCUCAGACCCCUGGGUCGAGUUCUACCCUUACAAUCCCUCCCUCACAGCCGGCUACGCCUUCAUGGCCAUCUUUGGCAUCGCGACCCUCGUGCACUUUGUCCUCAUGUUCCCCUAUCGUGCUGCAUACUUUACCCCGUUUGUGCUUGGUGGGAUAUGCGAAACAUUCGGCUACUACGGCCGCGCCCGCGCACACAACGGCCGCACCGAAAUCGGCCCGUGGGCGCAACAGCAAAUGCUCCUCCUCUGCGCACCCCCGCUCCUCGCCGCAAGCAUCUACAUGACCCUGUCGCGCCUGAUCACCUCCCUAAACGCCGAACACCACUCGCCCAUCUCCCCGAAAAACCUAACGCGCUGGUUCGUCCUCAACGACGUCAUCUGCCUGCUGACGCAGCUCGCCGGCGCGGGGGUGCAGAUCUCCGGCGACGCGGGGCUGAUGAGUAUCGGGUUGAAGAUUGUGCUGGGCGGGCUGGUGUUUACACUGCUUGUUUUCGGGGUGUUUGUGUGGAUCGUGGCGGUGUUGCAUCGGCGGCUGGAGAGGGAGCCCACGGCGAUUUCGCGGGGGGAGGGGGCCGGGUGGAGGGUGUACGUGUGGGUUCUGUAUGGGGUGUGUGCGUGUAUGGUUGUGCGGAAUCUGGUGCGCACGAUUGAGUUUGGGUCGCCCAAGGGGUCGGAUGUGAGGGAGAGGGAGGUGUAUAUCUACGUGUUUGAUGCGGCGCUUAUGAGUGUCAUCAUGGGCGUUUGGUGUGUGUGGCAUCCGGGGAGGUUGAUUAAGCGCGCGAGGCGGGAGAGGGUUGCGCAGGAGGGGUUGGAGAUGUUGGGCAAGUAG